AAAUGUCACUGGUCAAAGUGGUUCAAAGUGUCAUUCAAUGACGUCUUAUAGCUAUACGACGUACCUAUCGUUGUGUUUACUACUUCCCGGGUUUUUGUGUCAUCUCCCUUUUUCCUUCAAUAUUUUUAUUAUGUCUGCUUUGCACAAGUCGUAAGACCAACGUAAGACGUACAUGGGCAUAUAUAACGUAUUUGUAUACUGUAAAUACAUUUAGAUAAGAAGAUUAUAGUUAAUACCGCCUCAUCUAUCAAAUAAAACUCGUAUUUAGAGAUAACAACUGCAUUGUAAAGAUUAAUCCGUACCUAACGAGUAUAGUGUGUGAUCAUAAUAAUGUCUGAAUAUGGAAAAUUUGGUCCGUUAAUUGGUGCCAUUGACGAGGGCACCUCAAGUGCGCGGUUUAUUAUUUUCAAAGCGAAUUCUUCAGAAGUUGUAGCAUAUCAUCAGAAAGAGCUUGAGCAAAUUUUCCCUCAAGAAGGAUGGGUUGAACAAGAUCCGAACGCAAUUUUAGAAGUGGUUACGACAUGCAUACAGAAAGCAGUUGAGACUUUGGUGUCGUUGGGAGGUUCAGCUAAGGAUAUAAUUGCUGUUGGUGUAACUAACCAAAGAGAGACAACAAUAGUUUGGGACAGAAGCACCGGCAAACCUUUACACAAUGCAAUUGUCUGGUUGGACAUGAGAACCUCUUCUACUAUUGACAAGUUGUUAGACACAGUGCCUAAUAAGACAAGGAAUAAAAAUUAUUUAAAGCCUUUGUGUGGACUUCCUUUGUCCCCUUACUUCAGCGCAGUAAAAUUAAGAUGGCUCAGUGACAAUGUUGAUGCUAUAAAGAAUGCUAUGAAGAAAGGAACAUGUUGUUUUGGAACCGUUGACACAUGGAUCAUUUGGAAUUUGACAGGUGGUCCCAAUGACGGAAAGCAUGUUACUGAUGUAACCAAUGCAUCAAGAACUAUGAUGAUGAAUAUUGAGAACCUGGACUGGGAUCCAUUGUUGCUAAAGUUUUUUGAAGUUCCUAAGAGUGUGUUACCAGAAAUUAAAUCUAGUUCAGAGGUUUAUGGUCACAUAGCUGAUGGUCCACUGAAAGGUGUACCUAUAGCUGGUUGUCUUGGAGACCAACAGGCCGCCUUAGUUGGCCAAAUGUGCUUGCAAAAAGGCCAGGCGAAAGCUACAUAUGGAACUGGUUGCUUUGUGCUUUACAAUACGGGCGAUAUUCGCGUCAAUUCUGGCCGAGGUCUGCUGACUACGGUUGCUUAUCAGCUAGGAAGCAAAAGCCAACCACACUAUGCCCUUGAAGGAUCAGUAGCUGUUGCUGGAGCUGCACUAGGAUGGCUUAGAGAUAAUAUUGGCCUUUUAGAGAGUGCCAAGGACUCUCAGGGUAUAGCUGAGAAGGCUACAGAAAAUGGUAGUGUUGUAUUUGUACCUGCCUUCAGUGGUUUGUAUGCACCGUAUUGGCGUCAAGAUGCUAGAGGUGUUAUAUGUGGAAUAUCUGAAGAUACGAACUCCAAUCACAUUGUAAAGGCUGCCCUCGAAGCUGUCUGUUAUCAAGUACGGGAUAUCCUCGAUGCUAUGAAUGAAGACUGCGGUAUUCCUCUGCAACUACUUAAGGUGGACGGCGGCAUGACUUCUAAUGCUCUAGUCAUGCAAAUGCAAGCUGAUUUGAUCGGAAUCAACGUAAUAAAGGCUGGAUUUACUGAGAGCACCGCUUUAGGGGCAGCGCUUUGUGCCUAUUGGGGAGUGGAGCCUUCUAAGCAAGGGUCUCCUAUACCAAUGACCAGUGGAACUACAUACACCUCUCUUAUAACCGACGACGAACGAGAUAUGCGAUACAAACAGUGGAAAAUGGCUGUCGACCGAUCCCUAGGAUGGGAACAAAACUAAGUACCUAACGAAUCGAAAUUCUAAUACUAAUAAUGCCUUACACACAUUAAUCAAAGCAAUAACAUUUCAUAUACAACUGUUACAUAUUUAUAUACAAUUAUUUUUUUAAAAUGUGCAAUACAGAGACUGAUAAGUACGAUAAUAUUAAAUUAAAUUCUAACUAUAUUUAAUUGGACACAAUUGACAAUAGUAGAUUCACUACAAAUAGGUACAAAUGUGUUUAUUUAGGUAGCAUUAUCUUCGAUACAAAAAAUAAGUGUUCAUGAAAUAACAAAGACAGAUAUUUUGUAGGAUCAUAGUAGAUAUUGUUGUAAAUUGUAAACCAUGUUUCAUUCAUAUACAAUAACUUUUUGUUCAGUUUACAAGCCAAACAUCCAUUUUGGAGUUUGAACGUUUACUUUAAUAAAAUAAAAUAAUUAUAUAGAUAGAAUCAACCUUUAAACAACAUGAGGUACAAUACUACGGCCUAAAUUAUCUAGUCUAUAAGUGUCAUUUUUGCUUAAAGUACUUUUAAAACCUUGUCAUGCCUUAUUUACAAAAUAUGAUAUUUAUUUCGUGGUUAAAAUGACUAGCAUUGAUUUUAUUGCUAGAUAUUUUCUAGGCUGCUCCGUUGUUCGUGUGAUCGUAAGUGCGACUGCCGAGCAAGGGAUCUCGAGACGAUGCUCGGCUUUAGCAAAGUAUUAAUGUUUAAUUUCGAAAAGUCAGUUACACAAUGAAAUCUGGAAUUAUUGGCUAUCUGUAGUAGGUUUGCCCCUAUGACUUAGAUUCAUAGCAUAAGUAGUAAAAAGUGGUUGUUAUGUAUACUCGGAAUUUUAAUUCGAUUCCAGAUUUGACAAUUUCAGUGUUGCA